AUGAAGCCGUGGGCGGGCGGCGGGGCGGGCGGUGAGGAUCCGAGCUUGGCCCUGCCGUCGAUCUGCCGCCGCGGCCAUCUACUCUUCUGCGUCGCCACUUCACUCGGCCUGCUUGCUGGUAUGAGCACGACUCGCGCCAUCUCGAAAGCUCAAAGUGCUUCGCGCGCGGCUAUUCUGCCCCUCGCUCGCCAGCUGGCCCAGCGCGACCGCCGCAAAGGCGCAACUGCAACGCGCGCUGACAUCGUGAGCCCAGCUCUCUGCGAUGAUAUCCUCUCAUACAUCGGUCCGUCGCUUGAAAAGUACAAGAACUGUGACAUCGUCGAUGUGAAUCCCGGCGCUGGCCUUUGGUCCUCCAAGAUUCACGAUUUUCUCAAACCGAGACGCCAUCUGUUGCUCGAAGUCGACGAUUUUUACACGCCUUGUCUGCAACCUCUACUCGAUGCGCCUGGCUCCAAGUACAUCCGUGGCCCUGCCACUGACAGUGUACUGUCGACCCUAGCUGGCUUUGAGCUACCACUCCAUCGCCAAGACCGCAUGCACCAGGUCGCAUUGUCAUUAUUGAAAGAAAGGGACGUCGAGGACGUUCAAGCCAAGUUGAGAGCAGACAUCCUUCCCGCACAGUCCCCUCUCGAAGAAAUGGCAGAGCUUGAGACUCGUCUGAAGUCCAAAGCUCCGCCAGUACCGAAUCGUGCCGUAUGGCUACAGCGGCUGAAGCAUUUGCAGAGCAACACAGAAAGAAACCUGAAGACCCUCCGGUGGAAACACGUCAGACUCAAAGAGCUGUGGGCCACGGCCGACGAGAUGCGCCAAUUGGAAAUGAUUGUUGUAGAUGAGAGUCGCCCCGCACAAGAGCGCCUAGCAGCGAAAGAGCACUGGGAAAAGCUCAAUGCCGAAUCUAAAGGAGCUGGACGCCGGGGUCCUACUUACAUACAACAAGCCUUAUUCAACGUCAUCGAUUCUCGCAGAGGUUUUUACCAGGACCCACCACUUCUGGCGUGGGAUGAUCGGCCUUUCGAACCCCUCACUACCGAGCCGCACGAGUUUUAUCCCCAACAGAGUUUAUGUCUUUUAGAUAGCAACCCCCAGCCUGCACCACAAGAAUUUUCUGAGGAGUAUAUUGAGUAUUGGCAGCGCUUUGUCAACAAGCUAUUCGAGCGCAGUUCUAGGCCAAUUGGAAAAGCUUUGGAUCAUCUGCGCAUUGGUUCAGCUGAAGUCAUCCUUCCCCAGGUAGGAGCGAUCCACGAUCCACGGCGCGGAGGCUCGCUCGAUGUUGAAGAUGUAAGAGUCCGCUCCAUGACGCCGGAAAUGAGCUACGAAAUUGUACACGCAUGGAAAAACUGGACCUUCCGGCCGCAGGACUUGGAGGAAACUCUCACCCAAGACAGACUUAAUUGGGAGGAACUCAUGGACAGCAACGAAGAAAAAAGACUGUCAGGUGACUUGUUUCAUUCGAAAAUUACCGGUCCAGUAUCUCGCCCUUGA